CCCAUUUUAAAGCUUUCCCCGCUGAAAUCAAAUGAGGCAGAUUUGACAAUAUUAUUUGGUGAUGGCAAAACGUCAUAAUAUUCCACUGAAGCUAAUUGCAAAUGUCAACCCAAACCUGAUCAACUGGAAAAUAAAAGCCAAAGUUAUCUUCAACAAUGAAAGGGAAAAGGUGAAACCUAUCAGCACUGGAAAAAUAUGCAGGGUUACAUUGGAGGAUGAGUCAGGACAGAUGGCUGGAAUAUCCUAUGGCGAUAUUGCAGAAUGCAUUGCUUUAAAUCUGACAAAUAAUGGGGAAUAUAUCAUAACAGGAGCAAACAUUCGAAAAGCCCACUCUUCAAACAAUGUCGGUCAUAAAUACGAGCUUCACUUCAUCCAGAACAGAACUGAAUUUGAAGAAGUAUGUAGUGGAAAACUCUUCCGGCUUGAUGAUGAAGCAAUUAGUCGUUGCAAGAGGGAAGACUGUAAAUCUGGAAAAAGCAGUGCUGAAGGUGGAAGUGGAGGCAUUAAUUUUAAACCCACACAACUGGCAGAGGUUGUUGCAUCUAAGGAUUUACUGGAUUCAAAAAAAUUUGAUAUUUUAGCCAUUCUGCAAAAGACCGAAAAAUGUGAGCCAAUGUACGCCAAUGUUAACACUCAAAUCAUCGAGAAGAGCAACAAAUUUUACAGAAAGAAGGUGACGAUACUGGAUGAGACAGAAGAGGUUAUCUUGAGUCUGGCUUCUGAAAAGAAGCAAAAUACUUUCUGGAUGAGACUGAGACAGUCGGCUGAGUGA